GAGAGAAGCUCGAAGAGCAGAGGAAAGGGGCCGCCGAUCGCCCCCCCGCUUUCCCGCACGCGCUCUCUAGCCGUGGCUGCCCGCCUGCCGCGGUUACCCCGGCCUAUCCCUCGGUCCCCUGUGAGCGGAUCUAGGCGCUGAGCGAGGCCCUGCCGGGGCGGCCAUGCGGCGGUGACAGGAGCUCGGCCGAGACGCUCGGGCCCCUCGCCCUCUCACCUCCUGCCCGCUCGCCAGCCAGCCUCAGCCCGAGGGUGCUCCGCCGCAGCCGCUGUUCGCGCGCGGCCCACACUCGCUUCCCUUCAGCACCCCCGGCCCCGGCGCUGCCUGGAGGCGGCUGCACUCGGGGAUCAUGGCCCAAGUAGCAAUGUCUACCCUGCCCGUCGAAGAUGAGGAGUCCUCGGAGAGCAGGAUGGUGGUGACAUUCCUUAUGUCUGCUCUUGAGUCCAUGUGUAAAGAACUGGCCAAGUCCAAGGCGGAAGUGGCCUGCAUCGCAGUGUAUGAAACAGACGUAUUUGUUGUUGGAACAGAGAGAGGACGCGCUUUUGUCAACACCAGAAAGGAUUUUCAGAAAGAUUUCGUAAAAUACUGUGUUGAAGAAGAAGAAAAGGCUGCAGAGAUGCAUAAAAUGAAAUCAACAACCCAGGCGAAUCGGAUGAAUGUCGAUGCUGUAGAGAUUGAAACACUCAGAAAAACAGUUGAGGACUAUUUCUGCUUUUGCUAUGGGAAAGCUUUAGGCAAAUCGACAGUGGUACCUGUUCCAUAUGAAAAGAUGCUACGAGAUCAGUCAGCUGUGGUGGUGCAGGGGCUUCCAGAAGGAGUAUCCUUUAAACAUCCUGAAAACUAUGAUCUUGCAACCCUGAAGUGGAUUUUGGAGAACAAAGCAGGGAUUUCAUUUAUCAUUAAGAGACCUUUCCUAGAGCCAAAGAAGCUCCUAGGUGCUCGAGUGACGGUAACAGAUGCUGAAAGGUCAAUGCUAUCUCCAGGUGGAAGUUGUGGCCCCAUCAAAGUGAAAACUGAACCCACAGAAGAUUCUGGCAUUUCUCUGGAAAUGGCAGCUGUGACAGUAAAGGAAGAAUCAGAAGAUCCUGAUUACUAUCAAUAUAACAUUCAAGCAGGCCCUUCUGAAACUGAUGAUGUUGAUGACAAACUCCCCCUUUCGAAGUCUUUGCAAGGAAGCCAUCAUUCUUCAGAGGGCAAUGAAGGAACAGAAAUGGAAGUACCAGCAGAAGAUUCUACUCAACAUGUCCCUUCAGAAACAAGUGAGGACCCCGAAGUUGAGGUGACUAUUGAAGAUGAUGAUUAUUCUCCACCUACCAAGAGACCAAAGAGCAAUGAACCUCCCCAGCCGCCAGUCACAGAACCUGCCAAUGCCGGCAAACGGAAAGUGAGGGAGUUCAACUUUGAGAAAUGGAAUGCUCGAAUUACUGACCUGCGUAAACAAGUUGAAGAGUUGUUUGAAAGAAAGUAUGCUCAAGCUAUAAAAGCCAAAGGUCCUGUGACGAUCCCGUACCCUCUUUUCCAGUCCCACGUGGAAGAUCUUUAUGUAGAAGGACUUCCGGAAGGAAUCCCUUUUAGAAGGCCAUCUACUUACGGAAUUCCUCGCCUUGAGAGGAUAUUACUUGCAAAGGAAAGGAUUCGUUUUGUGAUAAAGAAACAUGAACUUUUGAAUUCAACACGUGAAGACUUACAGCUUGAUAAACCAGCUUCAGGAGUAAAAGAAGAGUGGUAUGCCAGAAUCACUAAGUUACGAAAGAUGGUAGAUCAGCUUUUCUGCAAAAAAUUUGCUGAAGCCUUAGGGAGCACCGAAGCCAAGGCUGUACCUUACCAGAAAUUUGAAGCACAUCCUCAUGACCUCUAUGUGGAAGGACUACCAGAAAACAUUCCUUUUAGAAGUCCCUCGUGGUAUGGAAUCCCAAGGCUGGAAAAAAUUAUUCAAGUGGGCAAUCGAAUUAAAUUUGUUAUUAAAAGACCAGAACUCCUGACUCACAGCACUACUGAAGUUACUCAGCCAAGAACGAACACACCAGUCAAAGAAGAUUGGAAUGUCAGAAUUACCAAGCUACGGAAGCAAGUGGAAGAGAUUUUUAAUUUGAAAUUUGCUCAAGCUCUUGGACUCACAGAGGCAGUAAAAGUACCAUACCCGGUGUUUGAAUCAAACCCCGAGUUCCUUUAUGUAGAAGGCUUGCCAGAAGGAAUUCCCUUUCGAAGCCCUACCUGGUUUGGAAUUCCACGACUUGAAAGGAUUGUCCGUGGAAGUAAUAAAAUCAAGUUUGUUGUUAAAAAACCUGAACUAGUUAUUUCCUACUUGCCUCCUGGAAUGGCUAGUAAAAUAAACACUAAAGCUUUGCAGUCCCCGAAAAGACCACGAAGCCCUGGGAGUAAUUCAAAAGUUCCUGAAAUUGAGGUCACUGUUGAAGGCCCUAAUAACAGCAACCCUCAAACCUCAGCUGUUCGAACCCCUACCCAGACUAAUGGUUCUAAUGUUCCCUUCAAGCCUCGAGGGAGAGAGUUUUCCUUUGAGGCCUGGAAUGCCAAAAUCACUGACCUAAAACAGAAAGUUGAAAAUCUUUUCAAUGAAAAAUGUGGUGAAGCUCUUGGCCUUAAACAAGCUGUGAAAGUGCCGUUUGCGUUAUUUGAGUCUUUCCCUGAAGACUUUUACGUGGAAGGCUUACCCGAGGGUGUGCCAUUCCGACGACCAUCUACUUUUGGCAUUCCAAGGCUGGAGAAGAUACUCAGAAACAAAGCCAAAAUUAAGUUCAUCAUUAAAAAGCCUGAAAUGUUUGAGACGGCAAUUAAGGAGAGCACCUCCUCCUCUAAGAGCCCUCCAAGAAAAAUAAAUUCAUCGCCCAAUGUUAAUACUACUGCAUCAGGUGUUGAAGAUCUUAACAUCAUUCAGGUGACAAUUCCAGAUGACGAUAAUGAAAGACUGUCAAAAGUUGAAAAAGCUAGACAGCUAAGAGAACAAGUUAAUGACCUCUUCAGUCGAAAAUUUGGUGAAGCCAUUGGUAUGGGUUUCCCUGUGAAAGUUCCCUACAGGAAAAUCACAAUUAACCCUGGCUGUGUGGUGGUUGAUGGCAUGCCUCCUGGAGUGUCAUUCAAAGCCCCCAGCUAUCUGGAAAUCAGCUCCAUGAGAAGGAUCUUAGAUUCUGCUGAGUUCAUUAAAUUCACAGUCAUUAGACCAUUUCCAGGACUUGUGAUUAAUAACCAGUUGGUUGAUCAGAGUGAGUCAGAAAGCCCAGUGAUCCAAGAAUCAGCUGAGCCAAGCCAGUUGGAGGUUCCUGCAACAGAAGAAAUAAAGGAGACUGAUGGAAGCUCUCAAAUCAAGCAAGAACCAGACCCUACGUGGUAGACCUCUUCCCUCCUAGGCUUAAAGUAUCAGUGGGUGAGAAGAGCUUUUCGGACCUGUUACUGCCCCAAGCUGUGUAAUAUACUUGUAUAACAGAAAUACCUUCUAUACAAACCUUUUUUUCUACUUUUAGAUAGAAAUGUCUACUUUUUCAGCAGUUCUGUGAAUUGAAUUAAAGAGCAGAGUGACUGUAGAUUUGGAAUGGCUGGUUUACUUUGGAAUGUAUUAUAAGGAUUUUACAGCAGUGCUGGAAAAACGACAGGGAAAAUGACAGGGAUGAAUCUCAUCAGAUUUUUUACGUAUUCAGCAGAGCCUUCAGCUGUGGUGUUUGUUUCCCAAUCAAGUGAAGAUCUCUCCUACUGGAACAUCUCAGCUUCUGCAGUGAAGAAAAUAACCUGUGAUAGUUCAGCUCUUUAGUUUUUCUAUUUGAAAAGUCACUUAAUUGAUCCUUUUGUUCACGGUUCUCCUUAAUGACUGAGUGAACAGUUAGUAUCUGUAUAUUUGACUAAACCUUUUCCUAAGCUCUCUAUCAUGGUUCAUAUGUUUUUUAUCGUAAUUAAAAACCAACCAUCUGGAUCACCUAACAGCCAGUAAGAGGUCAGUAUCUCAGCGUGUGGCUUAUAGAUGGAGUACAGAGAACCUCUUCCAUCCACAUUUACUUUUCAUCCAAAUAAAAUGCAUGGUGUAGCAGAAGUUCCAGAUGAGGUAUAAGUGUUUGGGCAAGCCGAAUGACACUAAAGCCUCACAGUCGUGUAA